UUAAUGAAAGGUAAAUUCCUAAUAUGCCCUGAUGGUGGGUCUAUAUAAAGAAGCUCUAGGAUUGGUCCUCUCUCAACCCAUUACGUAGAAUUUCUUAGCCAUCACAGAAAUCUCUAAACCUAAAACCUAAAGGGGUCAAGAGGGAGAAACUCAAUUCCGGUGAUUACUACUCCAGCGCCGCCGCCGCUCUCGUCAUGGAUCGAGGUAGGUUUUCCCGAUCUAUUAUCGAUUCGUGAAAUCAUCUAAUUCUAAGAUCCAUGCUAUUAUGAUCUAUGUUUACAUGUGGUAUCAGAGCCUUAGGGUUUAUAUGAAUAGAUGAUUUUCGCUUACGUAUUUUAUUUCCGCUGCAUCUGUGCGCCGAGCUCUGCGUAUGAGAGCCAUUAUGCUUCGGCUGGCUGUGAUUAUUAAGUCCUUGUGAAAAUUCCAUUAUACACAAGCUCUGCGUAGUUUAAAUUCUAUUUUACAUUGAUGCUACCUUUUGAUCGAGGGAUUGUCGAGCAAUUGGAUUGGUCUGCCCAACAAAAGCAGCUCCCUGCUCCCAACUGCAUAAUCAUGGUUGCAUGUUACGUUCCUUAUAAUACUUGUGUUUGGGAGGACAGGCUUGAUGGUAAUUAUCAUAAUAGAAUAGAAACCCAUCAGUUGAAACCAAUUGCUUCCGUGAGCUUCUCAACACAUAAUUGCUUCUGUGGGUGCAAUUAUAUAUCUUUGAUCAGUAGGAUUGAUGAUUGAUCAGUUAAGUAAUUAUUAUAAUAAAAUAAAAAUAAAAAACAUUAAUGAAACAAGUUUUGUGUAUGUGUUUUGAGAAUUAUAAUUAACAAUUGCUUUGACUUAGUUAAAUUAUGUCUUUGAUAUCUAUGUUAUGAUUAAUUUGUUAGUCACCAAAGUGGCCAAAUUAGAAGGUUUAUAGAUAUCAAGUUGAAUCAAGUUCAACUACUAAUAUUUAUGUGAUGCUUUAAAGUUAAAGUUCAUGAUUAUAAAAUAUUUUCGAAUCACCCAAAGGUUGAUUGCUCGUUUUAUAAUUCAUGAACAUUAUUGUGGUAAAUUGAUGUGCUUGGUUAGAUAUAUUUAGUAUAUCCAAAGAUUGCAAGUAUAUCUAAUUUGAGUAUGUCUAUCACCAAUUAUAUGAUUAUUUUGAGCAUCAAUUACGAUUAUUUAUCGCAUAUAUAUUGUUGUUUUGCCCAAAGGUAGCACCAAUAUAUGUUUUAUGUUUAUGCUUCCGAAUCUAUAUUAUAGUUUAUGCUUAUUACCCAAAGCAUUAAUGUGUGAGUACAUGUUAUGUAUGUUUGCAGCAUCUGUUCCUGUUUCUCUUCAUUCGCAAGCCACGUCUGUUGUUAAGUUUAAUGGCCUCAACUUCUCUGAAUGGGCUGAACAGGUUCAGUUUCACCUUGGUGUUCUGGAUCUUGAUUUGGCACUCUUAAGUGAGAAACCUGCUGCUCUUACUGAUGCUAGCAGUGCUUAGGAAAAGUCUUUCCAUAAAGCUUGGGAAAGAUCUAACAGACUAAGCCUAAUGUUUAUGCGAAUGACUGUAGCAAACAACAUUAAGUCAACUUUCAAUGAUACUGAAAGUGCUAAGGAAUUUAUGCAUUCCGUGAAAGAAAGCUCUCAAUCUGAGUCUGCUGAUAAGUCGCUUGCUGGGACACUAAUGGGUACGCUAACCACCAUGAAGUUUGAUGGUUCUCGUACCAUGCAUGAGCAUAUCGUCGAAAUGACAAACAUUGCAGCAAGACUAAAGACCAUGGGAAUGGAAGUGAAUGAAAAUUUCCUAGUAACGUUCAUCCUUAAUUCCUUACCUCCAGAGUAUGGCACAUUCCAUGUGCAUUACAAUACUCUAAAGGAUAAAUGGAAUGUGCAUGAGUUACAAAGCAUGCUCAUUCAAGAGGAAGCAAGGCUUAAGAAACCAGGAAAUCAUUCUGCCAAUCUUGUUGGUCAUAAAGGAGCUGGAAAGAAACCAUGGAACAAGAAUGGGAAGGGCAAGGAAGGACUAUCAAAGCUUAAUGAGUCAUCUGCCAAAAUCCACAAGAAGGAACCAAGUAAGGAUAUAUGCCGCUUCUGUAAGAAAGCCGGGCAUUAUCAGAAAGAUUGCUUGAAAAGAAAGGCAUGGUUCGAAAGAAAGGGUAAGCCUAGUGCUUCAGUAUGUUUCGAAUCAAAUUUAACUGAGGUUCCUUUUAAUACUUGGUGGGUUGACACUGGUUGUACCAUUCAUGUUUCCAAAACGAUGCAGGGAUUCCUUACGACCCAAACCAUAAGGCAAAAUGAGAAGUUCAUCUAUAUGGGAAACCGAGCCAAAGUUCCAGUUGAAGCUAUUGGGACUUAUCGUUUGGUUUUAGAUACUGGUCAUCAUUUGGACCUUGUCAAUACCCUUUAUGCUCCUUCUAUUUCUCGUAAUUUGGUUUCGGUGUCUCAACUGGAUAAGGCUGGGUAUUUUUGGAACAUUGGAAAUGGUUCUAUUAGUUUGUUCAAACAGAAUGUUUUAUUGGGUUCUGGUACCCUUGUUGAUGGUUUGUACAAACUAAAGCUUGAUACCCUAUUCGCUGAGACUCUCUUAACCUUGCAUCAUAAUGUUGGUAUUAAACGUGGUUUGUUUGAUGAAUCCUCUGCUUACUUGUGGCAUAAACGUUUGGGUCACAUAUCCAAAGAAAGAAUGGAAAGGCUAGUAAAGAAUGAGAUCCUUCCUCAUUUGGAUUUUACUGAUCUUGGAAUUUGUGUUGAGUGUAUUAAAGGAAAACACACAAAACGCACACUUAAGAAAGCAGCCACAAGAAGCUCACAGCUCCUUGAAUUUAUACACACUGAUAUUUGUGGGCCUUUUGAUGUUCCAUCACUUGGUGGAGAAAAGUAUUUCAUUACCUUUAUCGAUGAUUUUUCACGUUAUGGAUAUAUCUAUUUGCUGCAUGAAAAAUCUCAGUCGGUAGAUACCCUUGAGGUGUUUAUCAAUGAAGUUGAGAGGCAAUUAGAAAGAAAGGUGAAAAUUGUCAGAUCUGAUAGAGGUGGAGGAUAUUAUGGAAAAUAUGAUGAAAGUGGACAGUGCCCUGGUCCAUUUGCUAAGUUCCUAGAAAGACGUGGUAUUUGUGCUCAAUACACUAUGCCAGGAACACCGCAACAAAAUGGUGUUGCAGAAAGGCGGAAUCGUACUUUAAUGGAUAUGGUUAGGAGUAUGUUAAGCAACUCAUCUUUACCCAAAUCAUUGUGGAUGCACGCUUUAAGGACCGAUGUGUAUUUGUUAAACAGGGUUCCUAGUAAAGCAGUUCCUAAGACACCUUUUGAACUGUGGACGGGAAGGAAACCCAGUUUAAGGCACCUGCAUGUUUGGGGUUGCCCAGCGGAAGUGAGAAUAUAUAAUCCACAUGAAAAGAAACUGGACUCACGAACAAUCAGUGGUUUUUUCAUUGGUUAUCCAGAAAAAUCUAAGGGGUAUCGAUUUUAUUGCCCUAACCAUAGUACGAGAAUUGUUGAAACUGGAAAUGCUAGGUUCAUUGAGAAUGGUGAAGUUAGUGGGAGCUUAGAGCCACGCAAUGUGGAAAUUCAAGAAGUUAGAGUGCAAAUAUCUUUACCUCUACCCUCUUCUCAAGUUGUUGCUCCUGCACAUGUUGAGCAUGAUAACGAUUUGCAGGAACAACAAAUGAACGGUCAAGCACCACCUAAUAUUGCUAUUGAGAAUGAACCUAACAUAGAUGAACCACAUGAAAUCGCAUUAAGAAGGUCUACAAGAAAUCGAAGGCCUGCAAUUUCUGAUGAUUAUGAGGUUUAUCUUCACGAGUUAGAAUCUGAUUUAGGACUCUAUCAUGAUCCAGUUUCAUUUUCACAAGCCAUGGAAAGUGAGCAUUCUGAUAAAUGGUUAGCUGCCGCGAAAGAAGAGAUGAAAUCUAUGUAUAAAAAUGAAGUUUGGGACCUUGUUGAUUUGCCUGAAGGUUGUAAACGAGUUGGUAAUAGAUGGGUCUGGAAGACCAAACACGACUCUAAUGGCAAUAUCGAAAGACACAGGGCCAGACUUGUUGCCAAAGGUUUCACUCAGAAAAGUGGUGUUGACUAUAAAGAGACAUUUUCACCCGUCUCUAAGAAAGACUCCUUAAGGAUUGUCAUGGCAAUGGUAGCUCAUUAUAAUCUAGAGCUCCAUCAGAUGGAUGUGAAAACCGCCUUUCUGAAUGGGAAUUUAGAUGAAGCAGUCUAUAUGGAUCAACCUGAAGGUUUUGUUGUUGAGGGAAAAGAACAUAUGGUGUGUAAAUUAAAGAAGUCAAUAUACGGACUUAAACAAGCUUCCCGACAAUGGUAUAUUAAGUUCAAUGAUACCAUUACAUCUUUUGGAUUUAAGGAGAACAUCGUCGAUCGAUGUAUAUAUCUGAAGAUUAGUGGGAGUAAGUUUAUAAUUUUAGUUCUGUAUGUUGACGAUAUCUUGCUUGCUACAAAUGAUCUUGGUUUAUUACAUCAAACCAAGGAGUUUCUCUCUAAGAACUUUGAAAUGAAGGAUUUGGGUGAGGCAUCCUAUGUGAUUGGAAUAGAAAUAUUUCGUGAUAGAUCACAAGGACUGUUGGGAUUGUCUCAGAAAUCAUACAUUAACCGGAUCCUAGAGAGAUACAACAUGGCUGAAUGCUCUGCAAAUGUCGUUCCAAUUCAGAAGGGAGAUAAAUUUAGUCUCAAACAAUGUCCAAAGAAUGAAUUGGAACGCAAGCAAAUGGAACACAUUCCUUAUGAAUCUAUUGUUGGAAGUUUGAAUUAUGCACAAACUUGUACCAGACCAGACAUCAGUUUUGCUGUCGGAAUGCUGGGCAGGUAUCAAAGUAAUCCAGGAGUAGAUCAUUGGAAAGCUGCAAAGAAGGUACUAAGGUAUCUACAAGGAACAAAAGACCACAUGCUCACCUUUAGGAGAUCUGAUCACCUUGAGGUGAUUGGAUAUUCAGAUUCAGAUUAUGCUGGAUGUGUAGACACCAGGAAGUCUACUUUUGGCUAUUUGUUCCUUCUAGCCGGAGGGGCAAUUUCAUGGAAGAGUGCGAAGCAGUCUGUUAUUGCCACAUCCACUAUGGAAGCUGAAUUCAUAGCUUGUUAUGAAGCUACAAAUCAUGGUUUAUGGCUGCGGAAUUUUAUUUCUGGACUUGGAAUUGUCGACACUAUCGCCAAGCCGCUGAAAAUUUACUGUGAUAAUUCCGCAGCGGUAUUCUUCUCUAAGAAUGACAAGUAUUCGAAGGGUGCUAAGCAUAUGGAGGUGAAAUACUUUGUCGUUAAGGAAGAAGUUCAGAAACAAAAGGUGUCGAUCGAGCAUAUUAGCACACAGCUUAUGAUUGCUGAUCCAUUAACAAAAGGAUUGCCUCCUAAGACAUUUACUGAACAUGUCGAAAGGAUGGGGAUUAUAGGACGUCAUGACUAAAGUUAUUUUAUGUUUCAUGGAUUGACACUUUGAGCUCAUUUAUUUUGUUUCUGGAAUAUAGUUAUGAAUCUUGUUUUAUUUAUUAUGACCAGUAUAUAUACAUUAUGCAUUAUGAGAACAAAACAAGAUUUUUGUCUUUAGUGAAGACAUUAUUGUUGGACCAUUAUGACUACCUUGUUAUGCGUCAUAUUGAGCAUGAGACUGGUUUAGUGGUACAUGGAAGGGACUAUGUCGAUAAAUUGAUACAGAACCG